GUUGGCAGCCAAGGAUGAAAUCGAAAGAGCCUGACUUAUCUAACCAGUCCAUGGAAGAACAUGCCCAACCUACCCGCUUCCCUCCUGUGCUCCCAUUGCUACCCUUCUCCUUCUCCCCGUCCACAAAAUCCUCAUCUUCUUCCCCUUUCCUCAAGCAACCGCUGCUGUUAAGUCCAGAGCAGAGCUCCCCUUCCCUCCACCGCUGCUGGGUCUUGCAAUGACGCCGGCGGGGAUCUUCGCGGGGCUGUUCCUGCUCGCUGCCCUUUACUGUGGCCUCGACCCUCUUAACAAGAGCGCCAUAUCGGGCUUCCCCGACUUCGAGGCAUACCGGGUCGACAUGCCGGCAUGGUCCGACGUCCCCACCGAGAAGGACCCGGAGAACCUGCUGCAGAAGUCUGAGAUUAAGUUCUUGAACCAAGUGCAGGGGCCCGAGAGCAUGGCGUUCGACCCACUCGGCCGCGGGCCCUACACCGGGGUCGCCGAUGGACGGGUCAUGUUCUGGAACGGCGAGGCGUGGACGGACUUCGCAUAUACGUCGCCUAAUCGGUCAGAGCUGUGCGAUCCACAGCCAUCACCUUUGAGCUACCUAAAGAACGAACACAUCUGCGGGAGGCCGCUCGGUCUCCGGUUUGACAAGAGAAUGGGUGAUUUGUACAUUGCAGAUGCUUACUUCGGGCUGUUGAAGGUGGGUCCAGAAGGCGGGCUGGCAACUUCACUUAGUACUGAAGCUGAAGGAAUCCCACUUGGGUUUACCAAUGACCUUGACAUCGAUGAUGAAGGGAAUGUUUAUUUCACAGAUAGCAGCACCCAGUACCAAAGGAGGAACUUCAUGCAGUUAGUGUUCUCAGCGGAAGCUGGUGGAAGAGUAUUGAAGUACAAUCCUACCACAAAGGAGACAACCGUCCUCUUGAGAGAUCUACAGUUUCCCAACGGCAUUACCUUGAGCAAAGACGGUUCCUUUUUCGUGUUUUCUGAAGGGGCAGUGGGCAGGUUGCGGAGAUACUGGUUGAAAGGUGAGAAGGCCGGGACUUCUGAUAUAUUCGCCGUCCUCCCUGGAUAUCCGGAUAAUGUCAGGACCAACAAAGAUGGAGAUUUUUGGGUAGCAUUGCACUGCAGGCGAGGCAUGUACUCCUACUUCGCUGCUCACCACCCGAGAAUCCGGAAAUUCCUGCUCAAGCUUCCAAUCUCCGAAAGGACCCAUUACCUGCUACAAAUCGGUGGCUGGCCCCAUGCCCUGGUCGUUAAGUACAGUCCCGAGGGAAAGAUCCUGCAGAUACUCGAGGACAGCCAGGGGAAGGUCGUGAGGGCAGUGAGCGAGGUGGAAGAGAAGGACGGGGAGUUGUGGCUCGGCAGCGUUCUUAUGCCGUUUGUUGCUGUUUACAGUUUGAACUGAGUAGUAGUCCCACUUGACUCCUGGAUAGUAUUAAAUAGGUUACUUUAAUGGGUCGAUAUCAUGUAUGCGUCUUCCAUACCCUUUGGCAAUACGAAAAACUUCGUUUUUAGUCUUA